AUGUCCACCGCUGCUCAGGAGGAAUUCGAUCGCCUCUUCAACUACAAAGAGAAACUUCGCGGUCAUCCAGAAGACCGCGACAACUCCGACGAGUCGUCUUCCCACUCUGACGCCGACGACGGCCAGAACGACCACUACGCCCACUCUGACGACGACUCGGACGACGAGGACAACACCUAUCAUACCAAAUCUAACAAGAUGGUCUCCCGAACCGCCUACACCGUCCCUUCCACCGUCUUCGAGGCCAACACCGGCCCCAAGGGUGUCAUUGCCGACGCGCAGUCCUUCGAACGGGCCCGGAAGCGCUCGUUCCGUCGCACCCUGCUCAGCGUCGCGGGUCUGGACUCGUACUCAAAGACGUCCAAGGCCGACUCGCGGCCGCACAAGGACAGCGCUGACAAUGACGUUGAUGAGGAGGAAUUCAUGCGUCGGUGGCGCGAGACGCGGCUCCAGGAGCUGCAGCAGCGCCAGAACCGCCCCAACCCGAGCAAGAGGGUGUAUGGAAGGGUCGAUAGGGUUGAUGGGACAGGGUACCUGAACGCGAUUGAGCGGGCCCCAUCAGAUACGGUGGUGGUCGUUUGCAUCUAUGAUCCCGAGUCAGCCCUCAGCGCCCAGGUCGAGGACUCCCUGAUUGAGAUUGCGCAGAAGCAGAAUACGACGCGGUUCGUCAAGCUGCACCAUGAGAUCGCCGAGAUGGACCACAUCGAUGCGCCGGCUCUGCUGGCGUACAAGGGCGGCGAGGUCUUUGCCACGAUUGUGGACAUCCCCAGACAGCUGCCUCGGGGGAGCGAGAUCGACGCGACCAGCAUUGAGGAUCUGUUGCAGCGUCACGGCGUCUUCUGA